GUUAUUCCUUAACUACCGUGACGACAAGUUACAUCAACUUAUAAAUUCAACUUAACGCAUAAAAUCAACUUAAAUUUACUUAAAGAUGGCUCUUUGGACGCCUUACGCUGAAAAUACAGCAUUAGAUCUUACAGUGAAGUGUAAACCUGAAAGAAUAUCGCCUGAAUCUUAUCCGACGCAGUUCCAAAGUUACGAAAACCAUACAGUGUACCAGCCUCAUAGUGUUUACCCUUAUACCGUGGCGUAUCCGGUAUAUGUGCCUACAACAGAAGCCCCCGUGUCGCCUGUGUCUUCGUGUACAAGUUACCCAAAGUCCAUCAGUCCUCAAAGAAAUGGAAUGAUUUCACCACCCGAAUCACCAGUUUCGAUUAACGAGAGAAAACGACCAAGUUAUAUGAUGGAUGUCGACUCUUUAUCCGAUGAUCCAGAUUUCCAAGCAUUUGAAAGGGAUGCUUUGAGAGCUAUGGCGGAGAAAAAUGGUGGAACUUUACUUGGGAAUAACCCACGCAUGCGUAGAGCCGUCCAGACAAGCCAAGCUGCUGAUGAUUCGUACAGAAAACAGAGAGAAAGGAAUAAUUUUGCAGCCAAACAAAGUAGAGAUAGGAGGAAGUUGAGAGAGAUUCAUUUGGCAUUAAAAGUGACCUAUUUGAAGAAUGAAGUCGCGAAACUGAAAAGUUUAUUGGGAAGUCAGACUUGUGUUAGAUGUCGUCAGCCUUGUAUGUGUUAGGAUUGUUCUAAGUUUUAUUCACGUUAUUUUUAAGUUGUAUUUAUUGUGACGAGUCAAUUUAGUGUGCAAUCUUGUAAAUAUUAUUGUAAGAUAAAUUAUUAUUAAAAUAUGUUUCGUAUUACAGUACAAUACAUGUAUGAAGCCUAAUUCCUACUAUGUAUGUUAUGUUAUAGUACAAAUAUAAAUCUAGGGUGAAAAAUACAUGGCAUUUUAUACAUUGAAACCUUUUUCAUUUCUGUUUUGAUAACCUUUUGAAAUCAUAAACUACUUACGAGUAAGAACAUAGGCAGGUGUUUAAAUAAUUAAGAAUUUACCGCAAGUAGGUAGUUUUUCUUCUUCGCUUUUUCUUAUUUCACAAAAGAAAUAUUAGUUAAUAAAAAUAUGUCAUAGACAAUAAUAGUUUUGUAGAUAUUUAGGUAAGUAUCUAUUAUUCAGUAAGUACUAACUGAUGCCUGCGAUUUGCAUGGAUUUACUUAUGUUUGAAAAAUCCCGUGGGAACUCUUUUAUUUUCCGACAGCCCAUGUCCG